UAGAACAUGCGUGUCAGCCAGCACACAGCACAACCAACCCUCAGCGCUACACGCUUGUUCCUCUCACUGCUGAUUGGUGGAUUCCAUUUUUCUCCCCCCGAGCCGCAGAGCCAUUGGUUGCUACCGCUGUCAAUCAGCCCGGCCCCGCCUCCAGGGUUUGUUUGGUAGAGUUGAUCGUUUUUUCAUUCUCUCUGUCGCGGCUGUGGGUUGGAGCCGCUGUCCCUGGGCUGGCACGUUCCUUCGUAUUUAUUUCUCAUCUUUUGAUUCGACCCCCCCACUAAAUUUUGCAAGCAGGCCUCCCGACCGAGCAUCAGCCGCCUGCUGCUUCAUUUUGAUAGUCUCAAAUUCCCGUCAAGAGAAAUAAUAAAGAUGGCGGUGAGCGGGAUGUCGGGGUCGGUUGUUGCCCGGCUCGAGGGCCGAGAAUUCGAGUAUCAGAUGAAGAAACGCUCGGUCACCGUCGGUCGGAAUUCGUCACAAGGCUCCGUGGACGUGAGCAUGGGCCAUUCGAGCUUUAUUUCACGGAGGCACCUCGAGAUUUUCUCCGCCGGCGAGGCUGGAACGGGAAGCGGAGAUUUCUACCUUCGAUGCCUCGGCAAAAACGGGGUGUUCGUGGACGGGGUGUUUCAGAGACGAGGGGCUCCUCCUCUCCAGCUUCCCCGCAUGUGCACUUUCCGAUUUCCCAGCACAAAUAUCAAAAUUACAUUCACUGCCUUGUCCAGCGACAAGAGAGACCGCAGGACCGCGCUGGAAUCUCCUGUGAAAGCGGUCCAACCCCAGAUCUCGCCGCUGACCAUCAACAUUCCAGACAACAUCGCCCACCUGAUGAGUCCCCUCCCGUCUCCAACAGGUACAAUCAGCGCUGCCAACUCCUGUCCUUCAAGUCCUCGAGGUGCGGGACUGUCCAGUUAUAAAAUGGGUCGGGGUCUCACAGCUGAUCUCAUCAAUGAAAACUCCCAAUCUGAAAAUGACAAGGAAGCAUCUGGAGGAGACAGUCCAAAAGAUGACUCCAAGCCUCCUUACUCGUAUGCACAGCUUAUUGUUCAGGCCAUCACAAUGGCACCAGACAAACAACUAACACUGAAUGGAAUAUAUACCCACAUUACUAAGAAUUAUCCAUAUUACAGGACAGCAGACAAGGGCUGGCAAAACUCGAUUCGUCACAAUCUGUCUUUAAACCGCUAUUUUAUCAAAGUGCCCCGAUCUCAAGAGGAGCCGGGCAAAGGCUCUUUCUGGAGAAUAGACCCCUCAUCUGAGGGAAAGCUCAUCGAACAAGCUUUCCGCAAGCGCAGGCCGCGCGGUGUGCCAUGUUUUAGGACCCCACUUGGGCCGCUCUCAUCCAGGAGCGCUCCAGCGUCUCCUAACCACACGGGGGCACUGUCGGCCCACUCCAGCGGCGUUCAGACUCCCGACAGCUUAUCAAGAGAAGGAUCACCUGUUCCUAUGGACCCGGAGCCCACGCCUGCUUCCGCUCCUACUCCAGCCGUUCAGCCCAAAUUAGCAGUCAUACAAGAGGCUUGCUUUGCACAAAAUGCUCCAGGUUCGCCUCUCAACACCCAACCGGUUCUCAUCACAGUUCAGCGGCAGCUACCGCACACCAUCAAACCUGUGACCUACGCCGUCGCCACACCGGUGUCCACUUCCACAUCCCAGCAGCCUGUCAUGCAGACUGUCCAUGUGGUGCAUCAGAUCCCUGCUGUUUCCAUUGCGACCGUAACCGGACUGUCUACAGCCAACACACACUUGCCAGAGCCUGUGUUUACCCAGUCCAGCAUCGUUAAAGCAGAACCGCAUGAAAACGGAGAGCUCAAAGCGAGUUCUCUGCACAUGCUGGCGACCCAUGCCUCGGCCUCAGCGUCUCUACCAACCAAACGGCAGAACGGAGACCAAGCAGAGCAGCCUGACACCAAAAGAGCCAAGACUGAAGAUGGAGGGAACACCGUCCCCGUCACAGCGGAGAGAGACAAGCAGAACGCCACUGACUAGGGCAGCCAUGUCGCGACCUUUGACCUCAAACCAUUUUUUGUUUCUCCCCGCCAGCCACGCACCUGCUGCAGCCACAUCACCUGUUAAUGAAUCCAAGGUGCCAAAUAGUGAGGUGAGAUGAAAGUCAGUGGAUUUUGGAGAGAAGUAACGAUUAGAAUCGGGGUGAGACAAAUGUGAGGUGGAGGAGAAAAGAGAGAGGUUGCUGUUCUGAAGGAGGGACGGUGGGCCUUUUACAUAAUUAGGUAAAUACUCACAGAUAUAUGCACACACAUAUAUUAAUAUAGCCUACUUGAAGUUAUAAAAUGAAAUGAAUUGUGGGUGUAACCCAGCAGAGAAGGUCUCCAUCACUAUGAACUCUGGGCUGAACAUGGAUGGAGAGCAAAUAGACGAGCCCCCUUUGUGUUACCGAACAAACGACCGACCAAUGACCAAUAUAAAUAUUAACGUAAUGUCACGCAUGCGUAUCAGAUGUGUGCUCGAGAUUCCCCUGUUCCCAGUCUUGAACAUUUGCAUUCGACUGAAAAGACAGGUCAGAUAUGGACUUGCCAAACAUCGUUUAACACCGAUUAGCUCUUAAAAUGUGAACCUGCUCCUUAUUUCAGCUUCAUAUUCACAGAUGGAAAAAUGAGUGUUUUUUUCUCUUGGGCAAAGGGAAAUGUGGGGAGGUUUUUUUUUCCUGUAUCAUGGCAGCUAGCUACCAUGUCCACCUACCUAAUGCAGUCUUUAGUAGAUAUGCAGUAUUUUGUCGUAUGUGUACUUUAGGAUCUUAUUUGUGUGUGUUUCCUGAGGCACAAAUACUCAACUUAACAGGCAGUGCUGAAGUGAGGUUGCUUUUUCUUUUCAUUUUUAAAGACGUGGACUCGUGGUGAUGGAAA